AUGCUUCGACGGGGCGCGCCGAUGCUGCGCUCGUCGCGAUCUAUUCCGUACGUUACUAAACCGGUUCCUGUUUGCGAAUCGUUCUCUGCGAAGGCGUCGCAGGAAUCGGAUCUCUCGGACGUGGCGAAGAUUGAGGCGAAUCUCGAUCAUCCGGUGGACCUUUUCAAAAUCUGGCACGAAGAGGCACGAAGACACAACGGCCGAGCGCCAGACGCUUGUUGCUUGGCGACUGUCUCAAAAGACUGUCGGGUGUCCGCGAGGAACGUCGUUCUCCGGGAGUUCGACAACGACGGUUUCGUGAUCGUUACGGAUGGUCGUAGCAAGAAAGUCGACAAUAUAGAAAGCGUUCCUCGCGUCGCCAUGUGUUAUCUGUGGUGUUUCGUUAACGAGAAAGAACAGAAGAUCGUUAAACAGGUCAGAGUCGAAGGGAUCAUGAAAAGACUGGAGAGGGAAGAUAUCCAGCACAUAUACGACAGAGAGCCGUUGUAUUGCAAAGUUCGGUCUCAUUUGUGCCACCAAGGGCAGGAAGUGAACUGGGAGGAGAUGAAGCAACGACACGACGAGAUACUGGAUUCGGUCCGCAAAAACGAGACGACUCUAUCGAUGCCGGAUCAUUUCGUCGGCUACAAGUUGUUCCCAACGAUGAUGGAAUUUUAUUACGCGAGGGAUCAUUUGAUAGGAGACAGAAUCCUUUAUCAAAAGGAAGAGGACUCGAAUGGCUCUUGGAAGCACCAUCGAAUAGCCGCAUAG